CUGGGGCUGGGUCGGUGGUUCCGCUUCCCCUUCGCCAUAGCGGAUUUAUCCAAGGACCGAAAAGAUAGAAGAAAAUGUGCAUUGUAAAUAGUUGUAGCAACAUUUACUAACAUAUCUGUACGCGUGUCAUACCACCAAGGGCCCAUGUCACAAAGGAAGUACUUUAUAACGGAUUUAUAAACGUUUUCCAAUCGGAUCGAGCGACAGUCAAAUUAUAUUCAAGUUAUUCUGGUGUGGAUUAUCGGGUACCCUUGGAUGCUUCCUCUCAAUUCGCUGUCAUUUUCCGCCCCUACAUCUGUAGUGCAUGACCACACCAGAGCCUCAUGCUGAUGUGAGCGCUGCCUCACCGCCUCUGUGUUUGCCAUCCUUACCGGCCGUGCUCUCCUGCCUUCGUAGCCCUGUGAGGCUCACAACAACCUUUAGUGAUGUGUGAUAACGGAGACGCUGAGGAUAAACCCCCUGCCCCUCCAGUCAGGAUGAGCAGCACCAUCUUCAGCACCGGCUCUGGAAAAGACUCCCUCUCAGCCAACCACAGCUCUAAACCUCUGCCAUCUGUGCCUGAAGAGAGAAAACCUCGCAACAAGAUCAUCUCAAUCUUCUCUGGGGCGGAAAAAGGUGGUAGAAAGAAAGACCGAGACAAAGAGCGACCGGAGAUCUCACCACCUUCAGAUUUUGAACACACUAUACAUGUUGGGUUUGAUGCUGUCACGGGGGAGUUCACUGGUAUGCCAGAGCAGUGGGCUCGACUCCUCCAGACCUCAAACAUCACCAAGUCGGAGCAGAAGAAAAACCCACAGGCUGUGCUUGACGUUCUUAAGUUCUACGACUCUACAGGCAACAGUCGUCAGAAGUACCUCAGCUUCUCAUCUUCUGAAAAAGAUGCAUUCACUCCUGGGCCUCAGUCUCCCACCAAGAAAGGCACAGAACCCUCUUCUCCGAAUAUCAAAGACAUUGACGACGAUGACGACGAUGAUGAAACUCCUCCACCUGUUGUGGCACCAAGACCAGAGUACACAAAGAGUGUGUAUACACGCUCUGUUAUUGACCCCAUCCCUGCGCCCAGCACGUGUCCAGACGGAGAAACUGCCUCCAAGGCCGCAGAAAGACAGAAGGGCAAGAAGGGCAAGAUGACGGAUGAGGAGAUCAUGGACAGACUAAGAACGAUAGUCAGCAUUGGAGAUCCCAAGAAGAAGUACACCAGAUAUGAAAAAAUUGGUCAGGGAGCAUCAGGAACAGUAUUCACAGCCAUCGACGUCGCCACAGGACAGGAGGUGGCCAUUAAACAGAUCAACCUACAGAAGCAGCCGAAGAAGGAGCUGAUCAUCAAUGAGAUUUUAGUGAUGAAGGAGUUGAAGAACCCCAACAUCGUCAACUUUUUGGACAGUUUCCUGAUGGCGGAGGAGCUGUUUGUGGUGAUGGAGUAUCUGGCUGGAGGCUCACUGACAGAUGUGGUGACAGAGACCUGUAUGGAUGAAGCCCAGAUAGCCGCUGUCUGCCGAGAGUGUUUACAAGCAUUGGAAUUCCUGCACGCGAACCAGGUCAUUCACAGGGACAUCAAAAGUGACAACGUGUUACUUGGAAUGGACGGCUCUGUCAAAUUGACCGACUUUGGCUUCUGUGCCCAGAUCACUCCGGAGCAGAGCAAACGCAGCACCAUGGUAGGCACGCCUUACUGGAUGGCUCCGGAGGUGGUGACCAGAAAGGCUUAUGGGCCUAAAGUAGACAUUUGGUCUCUGGGUAUUAUGGCCAUUGAGAUGGUUGAAGGAGAGCCUCCCUACCUGAACGAGAACCCACUACGAGCAUUAUACCUGAUUGCCACAAACGGCACACCCGAGCUUCAGAAUCCAGAGAAGCUGUCUCCGAUCUUCCGAGACUUCCUCAACCGUUGCUUGGAAAUGGAUGUAGAGAAAAGAUACGGAGGCAAAGAGCUGCUGCAGCAUCCGUUCCUGAAGCUAGCGAAGCCUCUCUCCAGUCUCACACCUCUCAUCCUAGCAUCCAAGGAGGCCAUGAAGGGCAACCGUUAGCUGAUGAAGCAAGCUAUCCUGCCUUCCCAUGCUGUGCACGGAUAUGUGCCAACCAUUUAGAUUUUGUGCCAGACAAUAGGCUGAGAGUGACUUUCCACUCUUGAUGCACCAGCCUUAUAAGCCCUGACAAACCUCACUGUGAAGAAGACCAAAAUUAUAGAGCACAACUCCACCGCUGUCCAUAUGAACUCUAUUCUCACUCAGAUGUCAGAAGACCAGUCAAACUAAAGUGCUUAGUUUCAGAGUCCGGCGUAGUUAUUUUGUACAACCAAUCUCCUGGUGACAAGUUAGCGCUAGGCUUGUAUUUAACUUGGAAUGAAGAAGAUGCCUAGUUCUUUUUUUAGUUUUUUUAAUCAACUGCCUUAAACAAAUGCAAAAUGUUGCCUAAUGUAUUGUUGAUUGUGUCAAUGUUUCUCUUCCCAUGAUUUUUACUGCCUUUGUAAUUUACCUUUUCAGCUUGUCAGUGUCUUAGUUAUUUUGAUACUUGAAUUUCAUAUUUGUCCCCCUCCUUGUUAUAUAGUUGGUCUCAUUCAAUGAACACUCUUGCUAUUUCCACAUUGAAUCGUGUUUUUUGGACAUUUUCUAGUACCAGUUUUAUAGGAAACAUUUCAGUGCAGUAGUGUCGUCAUGAACAUGUGCUGUGAGUGUGUCGUUUUUCGUUUGCCACACGUGACAGACCUACUGUACCAGUUCUUCCUCUGUAUCAUUAGUCUCCUGAUACCAGAGGUGCACCUUACAGGCAAAUUAAAAUGUUAGAUUGACAGGGUUUAUACUUUCUUUAUUGUUGUUAUUAAAAAUUAGUAUUGUAUGUUGAACUCUGUCCUGUCCAUGCUCUUUUCCCAUGUAUAUAAUAUGUACCUAAAGUUAGUUUGAAAAGUGUCCAUAUCAUAGUGGUUAGCUGUAGAAGGCUAGUAAAGACAAUUUGUAGACUGUUUUUGUUUUGUUUUCUGGAUGACUAACAACCUUGCAGCGCACACAAAUAAAUGCAACUGUUUGUGCUUUUGUGA